GGGGUUCCCGUCUGGUAUCAGUAAGGAGAAUGUUAAAAAAAGGGAGACUUCACAAUGCUGCAAUCAGGAAACCUGGUGGCCAGUGUCUGGUUUGACAACAAGCCAGUGACAUUUCUGUCGACAAAUGCAGACCCUACUACACUACAUGAGGUGCGUCGCAAAAAUAAAGAUGGUAGUGAGAGAGUUCAACUGGCCCCUUCUGUUGUGAAAAUGUACGGCGACAAUAUGAAUGCUGUGGAUAGAGCUGAUCAACUCCGUAUGCAGUACACCUGUGCCAGAAAGUGCUACAAAUGGUGGAAUUAUGUUUUCUUCUUCUUGCUUGAUACAGCCCUUGUGAAUUCUUUCAUUCUUAUGAAGGAGUCUCCAAGUCACCAGAGGAAAACCAGAACUGGCAGAGUGAAGCAUCUUACCCAGCUGGAAUUCAGAGAAAGGCUAUGUAAACAGUUAAUUGGUGAUACACGUUCUGUCAGAAAACGACGACAUGUGAUACAGCAUGAUGUGACAGGUCUUUCCUAUUCUCAUAUGCCAGUUAAGGUAAAGGUGAACAGGUGUCGCCAGUGUGGAAAGGUGAAAAUCAGGAAGGAAUCGAGUUUUGGAUGCCGACAAUGUGGGGUAAACCUGUGCGUUUUGUGCUUUGAACCAUUUCACAAGGAUUUAGUCCCUGUCACACAGGAAGAGUAGACACCAAGACCUGUACUUACAUAUAUAUCAUAUAUAAUUGAGAUUGUUUGUAAAUUUAUUUUGAAAUGUUGGAAAUUUGUCACAUUCAUGAUUUUCAAUAUCAAUGACAAUAUCCAGUAUUUAUAACUUGUACAGUAUUUGAACUGUACUGUAGUUGAAUAUUUUCAUGUUACAGUGGAGACCGCUUAUUAUGAUAUUCUAUUUUCCAAAGAAAAAUAUUAUAAUAAACAGGAUAUUAUAAUAACCGAGCAAGCAAUUAUAUACCACUUGAACCAGAAGUUAGGCCAAUUUUCAUUGUUAAAUGUACUUUGAGGUCAAUAAGUAUAAGGAUUUAUAUCAUCACAUGUAUACAGAGUCAUUUUCAAUUGUAUAAAGUUAACUAACUCUAGAUUUAAGUAUUUUUUAGAGAAUUUUUUCUCCGAAAAAUCAUAUUAAAAUAGAGUUUUGCAACAUAUUAAAAUAAUUAAACGGAGCGACAAGAUUUUUCUUAAUUAAAAUUUUAAUUGAUUUAGAAAAAUUGUGCAGAUUAGAUUUAAAGCCAUAUUGCUACAUUCCUGUGAUAAGGUGCACACAAUAAUCCGGUUCAUUUUUGAAUAUUUGCAUUGUUUAUUUGUUAUGUUAUUCUUGGAUUGUUUAUUUGUGGUAUUCAUCAAAUGAUACUAACAAAAACAUGUUGAAUAUAAAAGCUUGUUCUGUUA